UUGUGGUUAAGGAAUUUACAUUGAUUUCGAUAAACGUAUAAUUAUUUUGUUUAUAAAUAAUGUUUGAUGUACUUUAAGUGAAAAUAAAUCAGUUCGACAUUGAAAACACAUUUAAAUUUCCAAUAAAUCAAUUCAGAUAAAUUUUUUUAUUUGAAUCAAAAUGAUUAAAGUUAAUAAAUGAAAUAACGCACUUUAAAUCACAUUUCGCUAGGACUAAAUGAUUUUAAACAUUUGGCUGUCUUUGGCUUUCAAAAUUUCUAUUAAAGAACAACAAAUUAUGUGUAUAUUGUUUUUUGUUUCUUGUUAAAUUCCGAAAUAUUUAUUUUUGUGUUCUUUUUUUCUUGUGCUUUUGUUUUUGUUUUUGUUGAUCAGUAAUGACCUUGUCUCUCGACUAUAAAAAUACUUUUAAAAAAACAGGCAAACUUCUAAUUAACGUCGUCGUUCUCCGACAAAAAGAUUUCAAUUGUUUUUAUGGACUCACGUGCCUCAAUUAAUGUCUCGUGGUGUCGUUGUAAUAAUUUUGCGACGACAACAUCGUGGUUGAUUUAGAGAGAACUGGAAAUUACGAAUCCGCGUUAAAAGGCUAGAAGCAUUUGAUGGUUUUGUACCAAAAUUUGAACCUUCUUUGAAAACAACGUAUGCAAGAUAAAGAGGCUACAAAUUUUGUUAUUUUAGAAAAAAAUUCAUCAACAUCAUAAUCAUCUUAGGUGAUUAUUAUUCUUAUUUAAUUCGAAUUUGGUCCUACAUAUUAUAAAGAAGAGUUGCAAGAUGCCAGUUCAAUCACCUAUUGAGAUCAGCAACCGUGCUAUUGAACAUCGUGACGAUGUUGAUCCACUUGAGUACCAUGGCCAUUGGGAGCCAGUUGGUGUGGCUAGAGUUGCUAAUACAGGUACCUCAGCAAUGGUAACAUUUUCCAAACGUCCCGAACAACCAUUCAUAAUUGGUGGAGUAUUAGGCGAUGACAAGUAUAUAUUCGAACAAAUACAUUUUCAUUGGGCCGAAACCGAUGAUUCUGGCUGUGAGCACACUUUAGAAGGCAUGACAUAUUCAAUGGAGGCGCAUGCGGUGCAUUAUAAUUCAAAGUAUGAAAAUUUUGCUGAGGCUAAAAAUAAACCAGACGGCCUUGCGGUCGUUGCGUUUUUCAUACAGGCCUGUGGAGAAAAAGACUGUCCCGAAUUUCAAAAAGUCACCGAGGGAAUACGGAUUGUGCAGAAAAUCCAUACAACCGCAUCAUUAGAUUCAGACUGUUUAUCCUGGAUUGGAUUGCAAGAGCUGAGCAAACACUAUUACACAUAUAAAGGAUCUCUGACGACAGCACCGUAUUUUGAAAGUGUGACGUGGAUUAUUUAUAGAACACCGAUCUAUGUAUCGCGGGAGCAGGUCUCCGUGUUUAGAAAUCUUCAGUCGUGUCCCAAGGACGAGAGCAAGAAGAUUGUAAAUAAUUUCCGUGAAAUCCAAAAACCUCAUAAGAAUCCUGAAGUAUUUUUUGCUAGGAAUGCAAAACCAAAAUCAAAGUUAUGAACUCAAUUCCAUGAUAACAACAGCUGCGGCAUCAUCACCAUUAAUCCUUAUUUUCUAUAAAGCUCUAUAUAUAUAUAAAGAAAAAACAAAAAAAAAAAGAACAACACUGUCCUUCCUACUCUGGCAUUUCUUUGGGUUUCUUUGGUUACACCUGUUGUUAAUUAAAUACAUAAAUAAUAUAAUUAUUAUUAAAAGAUAUACAUUUAAAAAACUUACUUCUUACACAAAAAUAAUGUAAACAAAAAUAAAGUUGUUACGGUGCAAUUCCAAAGCAGUUUCUUUAUAAAAUAAAUGAAACUGUUUUAUUUGAAACUAAUAACGGUUAUUCUAAUAGUACAUGUGCAUAUUGAGUCUUUAUUUUUUUAAUUUUAUCUUUUAUUUUUUAUUGUGCGUGUGCCCAAUGAAAAUGCCUUCAGAAAGCAAUUAUUCAUUAAAAAACAAAAACAAAUAAAAAAUAGAAUGCAUAGGCGAAGUAUAGAUAUGGUAUCACUUAAUAUAAUAUUUUUGUACUAUUAAUCGAAUUAAAGUAAUAUUAUAUAUACAUAUAGAAACACAUACAUAUUUAAAAAAGAAAUUAAUAAUAAAAUCUUUAAAUCUAUCUAAGCUCAAGACCAAUUUAAGAACUAUCCACAGUUCCACUUUGAUUACGUUUUUAAUAAAAUAAACGUAAACGUAAACGUAAA